CUAAAGCCACAGGGCUAGCGGCUUCACCAAGGACACACGGAGGAAAAUGUAGUUUAAUGUGUCUUUUCUCGAGCGGAGCAGGAAUAAGCCCAUGUUUCCUGCAGGUUUGUGCAGCAGCUCCGUGCGCAGGCUGCUUUCAGCGGAGCGUUGGAGGCUCCGACGACUGAAGGGAAAUCUCUGCAGAUUUAAUUUCUCACACUCAGCUGCAGGGUCCAGGAUGAGCAAGAAGCUGCUGGUGGACGUGGACACGGGCGUGGACGACGCUCAGGCCAUCAUGCUGGCGCUGGCCGCCCCCGGCGUGAAGCUGCUGGGCAUCACGUGUGUCCACGGCAACACGGCGGUGGAGAACGUCUGCAGGAACACGCUGCGAGUCCUGCAGGCGUGCAACAGGCUGGAGAUCCCUGUGUUUAAAGGAGCGUCCAAGUCCAUCCUGGGGGAGAGCAUCAACGCAGGUCAUUUCCACGGGGAGGACGGGCUGGGCGACGCCCCGGACCCCGACGCCCCGGGCCUGGAGCUGGUCCAGGAGGAGGGCGCCGUGGCCGCCAUGAUCCGGAUCGUGAACGAGAACCCGGGAGAGGUGUCGCUGGUCGCCACGGCGCCGCUCACCAACCUGGCGCUGGCCGUGAAGAUGGACCCGGAUCUGCCGAGCAAGCUGAGAGGACUCUACGUCAUGGGAGGAAACACCGAGUCUCGAGGAAACGUGACGAUCUGCGGUGAGUUCAACUUCACCGCCGACCCGGAAGCCGCUUACAUCGUUCUGAACGAGUACCGCUGCCCCACGUACCUGGCCUGCUGGGAGUUCACCUGCUACAGCAAGCUGUCCUGGGAGUUCUGCGACGCCUGGUUGGCCCAGGACUCCCCCAAAGCUCGCUUCAUGGCCAAGAUCUUCCAGCACAGCAUCAAGAUGAGCCACAGCGAGCGCAUCGAGAAGGAGUUCGUGGCCGGCUCGGGCUUCAUCUCCUGCGACUCGUACGCCAUGGCGGCCGCCGUGGACGACGCCUUCAUCGUGGAGAGCGAGCGCCACCCGGUCAGCGUGGAGCUGACGGGCCGACACACCCGUGGGAUGAUGGUGGUGGACACGGUGGGGCUGCUGGAGAAGAGCCACGCCGCCGUCAUCAUGAAGAAGGUGGACAUGGAGAAGUUCAAGCAGAUGAUGAUGGCGGCCCUGCAGUAGCAUCUCACUGGUCGUCAUGGAAACGGUGGAGGAGUUUAAUGUAUAGAGGGUUUGCAUUGACGUCACUUCCCCACUGGACCAGCCCCCUUACUCACACUGAGUGGUAAAAACUGCUGCAACUAGUGGAGAAGACGGGAUAACAGCCGAGAUUUUUUUUUCAUUAUGCACUUCGAGAAAAAAGUCAAAAUGUCGAGAAAAAAGUCGAAAUGUUGAGAAUAAUGUUGAAAUACAAUUUCAAGAAAAAAGUCGAAAAUGUUGAAAAAACAAUCGAAAUGUCGAGAAAAAAGUCGAAAUGUUGAGAUUAAUGUUGAAAUACAAUUUCAAGAAAAAAGUCAAAAAUGUUGAGAAAAAAGUCGAAAUGUCGAGAUUAAUGUUGAAAUACAAUUUCAAGAAAAAAGUCGAAAAUGUUGAGAAAAAAGUCGAAAAUGUUGAGAUUAAUGUUGAAAUACAAUUUCAAGAAAAAAGUCGAAAAAGUUGAGAAAAAAGUCGAAAAUGUUGAGAAAAAAGUCGAAAUGUCGAGAUUAAUGUUGAAAUACAAUUUCAAGAAAAAAGUCAAAAAUGUUGAGAAAAAAGUCGAAAAUGUUGAGAAAAAAGUCGAAAUGUCGAGAUUAAUGUUGAAAUACAAUUUCAAGGAAAAAGUCAAAAUUUUGAGAAAAAGACAAAAUGUUGAGAUUAAUGUUGAAAUACAAUUUCAAGGAAAAAGUCAAAAUUUCAAGAAUAAAGUCGAAAUGUUGAGAAAAAAGGCGAAAUUUCGACUUUAUUCUUGAAAUUGUAUUUAAACAUUAAUCUCGACAUUCCGACUUUUCUCUUAAAGUGCACAAUAAAAAAAAAUCUUCCCCUCUCAAAUAUUUUUUCCCAGAUGAUGAUGGGCAGUAGGGGCGCCUCACUGGUCGUCAUGGAAACGGUGUAGGAGUUGAAUGUAUAGAGGGUUUGCAUUGACGUCACUUUCACACUGGACCAGGGGCCUUACUCACACUGAGUGGUAAAAACAGCUGCAACUAGUGGAGAAGACGGGAUAACAGCCGAGAUUUUUUUUUCAUUAUGCACUUCGAGAAAAAAGUCAAAAUGUCGAGAAAAAAGUCGAAAUGUUGAGAAUAAUGUUGAAAUACAAUUUCAAGAAAAAAGUCGAAAAUGUUGAAAAAACAAUCGAAAUGUCGAGAAAAAAGUCGAAAUGUUGAGAUUAAUGUUGAAAUACAAUUUCAAGAAAAAAGUCAAAAAUGUUGAGAAAAAAGUCGAAAUGUCGAGAUUAAUGUUGAAAUACAAUUUCAAGAAAAAAGUCGAAAAUGUUGAGAAAAAAGUCGAAAAUGUUGAGAUUAAUGUUGAAAUACAAUUUCAAGAAAAAAGUCGAAAAAGUUGAGAAAAAAGUCGAAAAUGUUGAGAAAAAAGUCGAAAUGUCGAGAUUAAUGUUGAAAUACAAUUUCAAGAAAAAAGUCAAAAAUGUUGAGAAAAAAGUCGAAAAAGUUGAGAAAAAAGUCGAAAUGUCGAGAUUAAUGUUGAAAUACAAUUUCAAGGAAAAAGUCAAAAUUUUGAGAAAAAGACAAAAUGUUGAGAUUAAUGUUGAAAUACAAUUUCAAGGAAAAAGUCAAAAUUUCAAGAAUAAAGUCGAAAUGUUGAGAAAAAAGGCGAAAUUUCGACUUUAUUCUUGAAAUUGUAUUUAAACAUUAAUCUCGACAUUCCGACUUUUCUCUUAAAGUGCACAAUAAAAAAAAAUCUUCCCCUCUCAAAUAUUUUUUCCCAGAUGAUGAUGGGCAGUAGGGGCGCCUCACUGGUCGUCAUGGAAACGGUGUAGGAGUUGAAUGUAUAGAGGGUUUGCAUUGACGUCACUUUCACACUGGACCAGGGGCCUUACUCACACUGAGUGGUAAAAACAGCUGCAACUAGUGGAGAAGACGGGAUAACAGCCGAGAUUUUUUUUUCAUUAUGCACUUCGAGAAAAAAGUCAAAAUGUCGAGAAAAAAGUCGAAAUGUUGAGAAUAAUGUUGAAAUACAAUUUCAAGAAAAAAGUCGAAAAUGUUGAAAAAACAAUCGAAAUGUCGAGAAAAAAGUCGAAAUGUUGAGAUUAAUGUUGAAAUACAAUUUCAAGAAAAAAGUCAAAAAUGUUGAGAAAAAAGUCGAAAUGUCGAGAUUAAUGUUGAAAUACAAUUUCAAGAAAAAAGUCGAAAAUGUUGAGAAAAAAGUCGAAAAUGUUGAGAUUAAUGUUGAAAUACAAUUUCAAGAAAAAAGUCGAAAAAGUUGAGAAAAAAGUCGAAAAUGUUGAGAAAAAAGUCGAAAUGUCGAGAUUAAUGUUGAAAUACAAUUUCAAGAAAAAAGUCAAAAAUGUUGAGAAAAAAGUCGAAAAAGUUGAGAAAAAAGUCGAAAUGUCGAGAUUAAUGUUGAAAUACAAUUUCAAGGAAAAAGUCAAAAUUUUGAGAAAAAGACAAAAUGUUGAGAUUAAUGUUGAAAUACAAUUUCAAGGAAAAAGUCAAAAUUUCAAGAAUAAAGUCGAAAUGUUGAGAAAAAAGGCGAAAUUUCGACUUUAUUCUUGAAAUUGUAUUUAAACAUUAAUCUCGACAUUCCGACUUUUCUCUUAAAGUGCACAAUAAAAAAAAAUCUUCCCCUCUCAAAUAUUUUUUCCCAGAUGAUGAUGGGCAGUAGGGGCGCCUCACUGGUCGUCAUGGAAACGGUGUAGGAGUUGAAUGUAUAGAGGGUUUGCAUUGACGUCACUUUCACACUGGACCAGCCCCCUUACUCACACUGAUGGUAAAAACAGCUGCAACUAGUGGAGAAGACGGGAUAACAGCAGAUUAUCGGCUUAAAUUAGCGUCAGUUGGACUUGACAGUGACCCGUACAGUACGGAAGAGUAUUAGGGCCAGGCAGGAGAAAAAUAAAAAUAAUAUUUUAGAGGAGGAAGAUUUUUGAAAGACAAGUUUGAAAGCUAUAUAUAUAUAU